CAUUUGAUCUUAUUUUUUAGGACGUGUUGAGGUUUAAAUAAAUGGAAGACGAGGAGGAAUGUUUUCUAUUCUGUAAUGAGUGAAUCUCCCCACGGGGUUCCUGAGUUUUCAGGUUCCCAACAACAAUUCCACUCCUUCUCAGAGGCUACCCACCCAAAUGGAUUUCCAUUCCAGCAGUUUCCCAUGCAACAUGGAACUGUUGUCAGCCAAGGGCAAGCUCCUAUGGGUCAGUACCCCCACCCAGCAGCAGCGCACCACACCUAUCUUCAGAAUAAUGGGCCAGGACCACCCUUUCAUGCCAAUAACAGCAUGCAGCAAAUGCAAAAUCAGUUUACCCCAAGGCCACAAAUCCCCUCUGGAUAUCCUUUACAUGCAUUGCCUGGUAACUCAGGAACAUUCAAUCAACCUGGAGGUACCAGUCAACAGUCUCAGUCUACCAGUGAACCCCAUAGUCAUCAUGUAAACCCUUUUACCAGUGAAAAUAAUCAGUUUGUCUCUAAUCCUCCAAUUUUAUUCUCUAGUUCUCCAAUGAAUCUCCAAGCUGGAGAAGAUGGAAUGCCUAGACAAAUGGUUCUAAAUGGACCUCCCCCUUUUAUGAACAAUCCUGUUCUACAUCCAGCUAGUCAAUUUCAUAAUGGUGCUUAUUUAGAAAAUAAUCAGAAUUUCAUCAGCACAAAUACAACACCACUUUUACCCCAUUCUAAUUCAGUUGCAACAACUUCUAACAGUGGGACGAUUGUUAACCAAUCUCAUUUUUCCACUCAGGAAUCUAUGGGAAAUCUUGUUUCAACAAGUGGAUUUGUCAGAACAAGUUCUGGAGAUAUUCACCAGAGAAACCAUGAAUCUCAAACACAGUACACAUUCCAAGCUUUGCAACCUCAACUUUUGAGGCCUCAAUGGCAAUCUGGAACACCAAAUAUGGAACCAAACAAUAUAGCCCAGGCAAAACAGUUGAAAGAAAGAAUGCCUAAUCCUUAUACAAUAUCAAAUCCCAGUUCUGUAGAAAGUAAAAGACCUGCUUUUAACGAAUCUAACUACAACAGGACUUUAUUCCCUGUUCGAUACCCUCAAAGAAUGGAAGGUCCAGUCCGAUUUCCACCACAUGGUCCUCCAUAUCCAAAUAACCAAAUUCCAUUAAGACCUCAAUUAAAUCCUUAUCAACUGAACAUUAACCAAAGAAAUCAGAUCACUUCAGGAUCUCCACAUCCAUUCCAAAUGUCGGUAGUUAGGGGACCUUCUGCUUCAGGAAACUUUGACAAACCUGAAAAUCCAAGUGGUCUAUAUGGUUCAGAGAGCAGAGGACAGAAUGUUCAUCAUCCGAACACCAUGGUCUUUCAAGGUAAUCCCACAAGUCUACAACAUCAAUCUAAUCUAGUUCAAGAUGGUAACAUGAUUGCUAUAACAUCUCAAGAUAAUUCUAAUUCUAAUGGAAACAAUGAACAGAUGCCUUUUCCACAUGUCUUGAUUACAUCACAGGAUCCUAUUACGGGACCUCAUUAUGUAAAAGAUAUGAAUCCUCAAACCAGUGUCUCACUCCGAUAUCAUGAAGGAGUUCAAUUACCAAGACAAAUACAUCCUAACUAUUCUACAAAUCAAACAGGACAAAGGUUUUCAGGAUCUCAAAUGAUGCAACAUUUUCCUACAGGAACAGAGAAUACAAACCAGGCGCAACAUGGUCCUCCUCAAAGAUUUCCCCAUGCUCCUCUGCCUCCCGGUGUUCCUGUUGGUAACUUUCCGCAAAAUAUGGGACAACACAUCAGGAUGCCUUUCCCUAACUCUCAUCAGAAUGGGAGAAUUCAAUUAGAUGGAUCCCCGAAUGGAGAGAUAUCUGGACCAACUCCUGUGCAGAGCUCUACUCUUCAGCAGAUAUCCCCUCAAAUGAGGUUAGUUAGACAUCCCCAGGGGCAAAUACCUCCACAUAGUGCUUAUUCAAUGCCUAACUAUCAUCCCAGGCAACCAAUGCUACCUCAAGUCGGACCAAAUUCAUUUGCUCCUGAUUCCAGUCAAAGGAAUCCAAAUAUCAUGCAAGGAGCGAGUAUGGCUGUUCCUUUGCAGCAAGUGCCACCAAUACCUGGCAAACUUCCCAUACCAUCACUGUCCACACCUUCAGAUAUUCCAAUGGUUUCUCAGGGAAAUCUGGCAAGUGUGGCUUUCCAACUUCCCACAAAACCUGGUCUUCAGUUUAUGUCCAGCGGUACAUAUGUAUCACCGAGAAUGGUCGGAUCAUCAGGGGUAAUAACUUCUGGUGGGGUUAUGAUGACUGGUAUUAGUCCACAGGCGGUUGAAAAAGUUCUGGUGCCAUGGGGCUGGAAGAGGAUUUUCAUGAAUGAUGCCAUUGUUUAUUUCAGUCCUAGUGGGAUCCAACUACGGAGCUUGUCGGAGGUUAAAGAUUAUCUAUUGACGGAGGGAACCUGUAAGUGUGGUCUUGAAUGUCCUCUCCGAAUAGAAACUAGUUUUGACUUCAGUACACAGAAAUUGUUUGAAAUGGUUGUACCACCAGCCCCCAGUAGUGGGGGCAAUUGUAAACACGGCAGCAGUACAUCAACAUUGGCGCAACUGCAGAAUAGUACAGGGCUUUCCAUUCGGCAUGUACACAGUCCUGUACUGCAAACUAAAGAUGGGAGGAAAGGAAAAUCUAAGAAAAAGAAACCAUUUGCUGGUGUUCUCGUCUCACAGAUGCUAGCUGCAAGAGAGAUGGAGAAACAGAGAAUUAACCAGAUAAUUGCGCGUGAGAAAGCCGAACACGAAGCUGCUAAACAACAACAACAGCUAAAUGAACAGCAGAAAAAACAACAUCAUCUUGAUCAAGAACAGAAACAGCAGAAACAAUCCCAGGCGCAGCCGAAAGUGUAUGAACAGCAGCAGAUGCGGAUGCAGGCGCUCCAGGAGCAGUCUGAACAGGAUAAACCUCAACGUCAGAACCAAGAGCAGCAUAAACAUUUUCAGCAGAAGCAACCUCAUUUUCCACCACAACUUCAACAUCAGCAUCAACAUCAAGAUCAAGCUCAGAUAUACUUUCAACAACAUUUUCCACAUCAACAUUUAUCUCCUCACCCGAAUAUAUACGUUAACGGAACAGUAUCAACAAUUUCUUCUCAAAAUGCUGAUAAUUUGGGAGAUGAAGAGCUUCGUCAUCAGAAUGAACAGCUCAGUCUUGAAGAUGAACAGUAUACACCUCAUGAUGAAGAGCAGCCUCCUGAAGAAGAGGAAGAGGAGGAAAAUGAACAUAGGGAGGAGGAUGUUGGAGACAAAACAGAUGCUGAUGAUUAUACAGGAAUGGACAAUGAUGAAGAUGGUGAUAAUAAGGAGGACGAUGAUAAUGAUGAUGACAUUGAAAAUGAGGAUGAUGAUGAUGAUGAUGAUGAUGAUAAUAAUGAUGAUAAUAAUGAUGAUUAUGAUGAUAAUGAUGAUAAUGAUGAUAAUGAUGAUAAUGAUGAUGAAAGGAGAAGUGAGGUAUCAACUCCCCUAAGAUCUGUACUGCCUGGCAUGAUUGCUCAGUCAGGAUUAAUGAAUCUUGGUUCAGUUUCUCAUAUUCUCAGGUCUGAUUCUAAACUUUCUUCCAGGGACUCUUCCAGACGUUCAUCACUUGAGAGCACACCACAAGCUUCCCAAGAGAAUCCACGCGCGUUUAGUUUAGCAGAUGCGAUGCAGGCUGCGCGCAGACUUAAUAUGGAGCAGGAUAGGAUCCAGCACAACGAGGAGGAAGAUGAGGAUGAGGAGAAUGAGGGGGAUGAUGGAGAUGAUGGAGAUGAGGGAGAUGAUGAAGGAGUGAUGGAUGAGGAUGAUGUUGAGAAAGAGGAAAAUGAACCACUAAAUCAGGAGGAGAGUAUACCCGAGGAAGAAGAAGAUGAUGAUGUUGAUGAGCUGAAAGCUGAAGAGAAAAGGGUUGAAGAUGCGAGGUCAGACCUUGCUAAAAAUAUUGAAAUCAGACGUCUCUCAUGCACUGAGGACGGAAAUAAGGUUCUAGAACCAACAUUCCAUUCACCAGAGAAGGAGAAAAAGAAAAAUCCGCUGGAAAAAAUUCUCAGUUUUGUCUCCGGUAUAGAACUUCCAAUGAAGGAUCGGGACGGUAAUGGAUCCAGGAGGAGUUCUCCAGCUCUCAGCGGAACCCCAUCUCCCGUCCUUCCAAAUCUAAAAUCCCGGAAGAACCGUCAAUACUCUACCCUUCCUCCCCUACCACACAGUCCUCCACCCUGGGUUCUCCGAGGACAACCUCCUCCCACCAGCAACUUUGUGUCUAUGGAUCCGAUGAGAAUUCAAAACCUUGCUCCACAAGUUCGUCCUCCGAUAGCCAAUCAUCAGAUGAUACUAACUGCAGGGAUGCAGUUUCAACCUCAACCCGUUCCCUCUCAGCUCCCCCAGCAGGUGAUGCAGUUGAUACAAACCGUGAACGGUCCCAUGCUUAUUCCUCUGGGCGCCCAACAUAUUCUCACCGAUAGUUCUCUCCACCCACCCCAGCCUCAAGAUGGAUCGUCUCAAGUUUCUCCUCAAUCUUCUUCAGGAGGCUCAAGUCAGAACUCUUCCCCUAAAGAUAAAGAGAAAGUUAGGAAACGUAAAGCUGCUUCUGAACCUGUUCCUCCAGUUAAUCACGUCCCGAUCCUAAUGUCACCUGGCGGGGGAAUAAUGAACUUCUCCUCUGGUGCGGUCAGCCAGGGGUCCCAGCUUGUAGCGAUGAGCCAGUCGGGUGGAACAAUGCUUCAACCUCAGCAGGUGAUGACGCCGAACCUGAUGAUGAAUCCUGGAGGCCAGCAGAUGAUCCUACAGAAUGGAACAUUGAUGGCGCUCCAACCUCAGAGUAUAAUAUACCAACAGCUCCCGGACGGAACCCUGCUCCAGGUCCAGAAUCAGAUACCAGUGCUCCAACAACAAAACCAUCAGAUCAUCACAGCUCCGAUAGUUCUCAAUAACGGGGGAAAUAUAAUGGGUGGUCCACAGUUUUUAAUGACCCCUCAGGGUUUAAUGCAAACUAUAUCUCAUAUUCCAACACAGGCAGUCUUAAGUCAGAGUAGUCCAACUCCGCCUAAGCGGAUUCGGGAAACUGGGAGGCGAGGUGGAGCAAGAAAAAAGACCAAAAAGGAAAUUUCUAAAUCUAUCGAGGCAAUAACUGAGGAGAGAGACGAGCAGGACGGGAUGGAUCAGGGGAGUAUGGACACAGAUACGUCCUAUGAGGACGCUUACGCAUCUACAAGUACUAACUUUAGUCCUCGGUCCUCUAUACAGAGUAACAAGGUUGAUAGUUCAGGACUGAAUGCAACUCCGCCCCACUACAGGGAUCAGGAGAACCACGCCCAUCGAUCCCAGGAAUUCCAGCCAGGUAAGGCAGAGUACCACGUCUACCAGGAUCCCCAGGCUCAGUAUAGUGAUCUUGAGCAACUUAGGGAAGAGAGAGAUGUUGAAGAGAGAAAUCUUGAUUUAGAUUCUAGUCUCGCUAACUCCAGGAUAGAAAUAGAUAAUUCACUGAAUUCUGAUGAACCCCCGGUCCAAGCAGAAGAGGAAGGAGAUAAAAGAUUUGAAGAAGGAAAGGAUGAUGAAGAAAGACCGAAGACGGAAGAGCGAGAAGAAGAAAAAGUUUCAUCUUCUAUUAAGAAGAAGAAGAAAAGAAAUGCUGACGACAUUGUUACUGAACAACUGGAGAUGGAAGAAGAAGAUUCUGAUUCCUUGAACUCGCCUCCUAGUUGCCAGGAGUUCCUAGACGGAGAUAUAGUCUGGGGACCCCUUCAGGGACACCCCUCCUGGCCAGGGAAGGUUGUAGGGGCGGGGCAGGAGGAGGGGCAUCUUCUAGUUUGCUGGUAUGGGGGUAGACAGCUAACACAGGUGAGGUCUGAAGAUCUAAAAAUAUGUUUAGAGAAGAGGUUGAACCUUGUCUACGCGGUUCAAUCUGAACGAGAGAGGUUGAACCUUGGCUAUGCUGUUCAAUCUGAAGAGAAAAGGUUGAAUCUUGUCUACGCUGUUCAAUCUGAAGAGAAGAGGUUGAAUCUUGUCUGCGAGAAGAGGUUGAAUCUUGUCUACGCGGUUCAAUCCGAAGAGAAGUGGUUGAACCUUGUCUACGCUGUUCAAUCUGAAGAGAAGAGGUUGAACCUUGUCUACGCGGUUCAAUCUGAAGAGAAGAGGUUUAGUCUUGUCUACGCGGUUCAAUCCAAAGAGAAGAGGUUGAACCUUGUCUACGCUGUUCAAUCUGAAGAGAAGAGGUUGAACCUUGUCUACGCGGUUCAAUCUGAAGAGAAGAGGUUGAACCUUGUCUACGCUGUUCAAUCUGAAGAGAAGAGGUUGAACCUUGUCUACGCUGUUCAAUCUGAAGAGAAGAGGUUGAACCUUGUCUACGCGGUUCAAUCCGAAGAGAAGAGGUUGAACCUUGUCUACGCUGUUCAAUCUGAAAAGAACUGGUUGAACCACGUUAACGCGGUUGAAUGUGAAGAGAAGUGGUUGAACCACGUUUACGCGGUUGAAUGUGAAUAG